AGAAGACGAAAAGGCAAAAAUGGCGAUCUACAUGAAACACAUGAGUUGCCUUUUCCGCUGGGAGAGAGCUAUUUUCUUGUCAAGAGGGAGCGGGUUCAAUGUGGAAUGUAAACGCUAUGUGCGUGGGCUUAGACGGAAACCGGUCAGAGUGAUAUUACCCGAAUACGUAAAAGCGCCCCCUGCUGCAAUAGUGAAGGAGAAGAAGGACGUCAAAGUCCAAUUCAGAGCAGCAGAGCUUGAAAGGGGAGACUUGACGAAGACGAGGACCAGCAGCGAGAUAUCAUCAUCAACCAAAAGUGCUAAUAUGGUUGGUAAGAGUGAUCAAAUCGAUGGGCUUCGAUUCGAGAGGGCGUUCCCUGGGGAUAAAAGACUGGCGAGGCUGGUGAGUGUCGCUCGUUCCAGAACGUUCCGGGAGCAACAGGGCAAGGUCCUUCUGGAGGGUCGCCGGUUGAUCUGCGAUGCUUUGAAUGCGGGCGCCAUCCCUCAGACUGUCUUCUUCAGCACUGCCGAUCGCCUGCGGGAGCUCCCCGUAGACCAGCUGAGGAGGGCCACGCUUGUUAAAGUCAAAUUUGAAGACAUCAAGCUGUGGUCUGACCUUGUGGCCCCACAAGGAGUAAUAGCUAUAUUUUCGCGUCCCGAUGCAUCACGGCUGAGCUUCAUAGACAGCACACAUUCAGUGCCACUGUCCCUCAUCUGUGACAACAUCCGUGACCCUGGCAACCUCGGGACCAUGCUGCGUUGUGCUGCUGCUGCUGGCUGCCACAGUGUCCUCCUCACUAAAGGCUGUGUUGAUGUCUGGGAGCCAAAAGUUCUGCGAGCAGCGAUGGGCGCCCAUUUCCAUCUGCCCAUUUAUCCCAGUUUGAAGUGGGAGGAAGUUGAGGAUCAUCUGCCCAAAGAUGUUACAGUGCAUAUAGCCGACAGCACGAGUGGAUCAGAUCCAAACAGAGAAUCUCAAAUGAACACGACUCGCGCACCCUCCAAACCUGGUGACUACGGCUGGGUCAGCGUAAAGCCCGGCCACCAGAAGGCACACUUUGAGGAGUGCGACUCAGAGUCCGAUUCUGAUUCUGAAUAUGCGGGGCUUUCACUCCCAAGAGUGGAUGCCAAGCUGUACCAUGAAAACUGGGCUCAGAGUCCCACAGCUAUUGUAAUCGGAGGAGAGACUCAAGGUCUGAGCAUGGAAGCGGUCCAACUGGCGGAAAAGACCACAGGACACAGGCUUUUUAUUCCUAUUGUUCCUGAUGUGGACAGCUUGAACUCUGCCAUGGCUGCCAGUAUCCUGUUGUUUGAGGGCAGGAAGCAACUGUUAAAAGCAAUGCAAACUUCCAGGAGGAAGUGGUCAUCGAAGGCUGAACGUCAGCUUUCAUAAUGUCCAACCCCAUUGUCGAGUUUUUCCCUCUCUACUGAAACUUAAUAAAAUAACAUGUUUAUCCAGUAAUAGUCAAACUUCCUAGUUAUGCUCUGUGCAAGAGUCUCACACUCAAAUUAACUGGGGGCCACUAAACGGAGAGUCCGGGUAAGGCAUCAAGUGUUUCACAGAGAAAGUGUUUCAAGUAUUCCAAAGAAAAUGUAAAAGAUAAUUAUAAAAAUGAAAUACAUAUAAUGUAUUGUAGUGUUGCUGGAGUGCUUCUGGCUUCCCAGCAUGUUUUGCGGCACUUGUUUUGAUGUACCGUAGUUGUUUAUUUUCUAAGUUGGCUAUUACUUGCCCAGUGAAAAAGCCUCUUCCUUUAAGCAGGUUGAAGCUCUGGUCAUCUCUUGUGGGACACAUUAACACUUGACUUUGAUGUCCAGUAGGGCGCCAUAUACAGUAUAUGGUUGCGUGUUUGAGACCGCUGCCCUCGUGCAAAAGAAGUGCAUCACUGUUACUGUUAAGGCUUAGAACCCCCCUGUCUUAAAUGAUGAAUGAUGGUGUUAACCCGUCUCACAACUAAAUGUAACAUUGUUAUACAAGUGUAAAAGAGGUUAACCACUAUAAAUAAAACGACAACCUUGCUAACAUGUGACAUGUCCUGUCAUAUGCUGGAGUCCUAUUACAGAAUCUUCUGUUGCAAAAAAAGUGAACAAAUGCUCAAGAGACAUGAAAAAUUGAAGAGGGAUGAAAAGAAAGGCCGAGAGAAACUGAAAUAAUGAGACAAACGAAAGUCUCCCGAAAGCAAAGACCAGGAAAUAUGAUGAAGCGUAUGUAGCGCUUGGCUUCACCGACUACGGCUGGAGACAAGGGAAAAAAUGUUUGCAGCCGACAGCAUGAGAAUUAGUCGAUCAAAAAAUGUUUGUAGUUUAAGGAUGUACAUUUUUUUUUAUAUUUCAGGCAAAAUGAUGCACUUUAAUCUUUGUUACAGACUAAAAGUAAAGUUAUUCUUUGUUGUAAGUUGAUCUAUAUUUCCUUUUUUGCUUUCUUUAAUAAAGAUACAAUGUUAUGCAGAGGUGUACUGAUAACAAUUUUAUAGACAUACUAUUGACAGUUGCGGGGGAGAGGGAGGAGGGGCGCAAAACAUUUUCUUCUUCGUGAGGGGUGUGGGGGGACAUAACAGAAAAUAAUUAACUGCUUUACAGUGUGUGUAUGUUAGCAGCCCCGCCUCCCUCCCUCCCCACAGAGACAAAGGGACUGUAUGACUGACAAGAGGUUUCACGUCGUUUUAUGGAACACUCUAUCAAGUUUCUAUGAUCAAUGCACAGAGUGAAUCCUUUUCCUGCCUGUUUGGAGUUGAGAGACUAGGAAAACAGACAUGCAUGCACGCGGCAAUAUAUGGAGGCCGGCAAAAUUUGCAUGUUUUCCAUUUAUUAUGUGAUUGAUUUUUAUCGUAAGAAUUUUUUUUUUAAACAAGAAAUCUUGUGACAUUUUAAUCUUCUGACACCCCUACUGCACAGUGUUAAAAUAUGUAGGCAUUACAAUGUGUGCACGUUACAUAUGUAAGCGCUAUGUGUAUUAUUAAUACAGUAGACGGGAGCAAUGCUUAAAAUUUUAAUGAGUGUGAAGCCAGAACCAGGUUUCUCCCCCCUGUCCCAUUCAGCAUCUUUCUUCCUGCCUCCAGAAAUAACCUCAACAUCAUCUACUGACCUUCACAGAACAUCCUUAUUACAGUUUGGACAGGAC